CCAGAAAAGGCUUUACCAGUUAGACCCCCCCCUACUAGCAACUAGUUAGCUUCAUCCUGUAGUUGCUUCAAUUUUGGGAAGGAAAUUCGUCGCUUGAGAACACCACCAUGUCUUCAAGGACUUUGCCGCUACUUUUUAUUAAUCUCGGCGGAGAAAUGCUGUACAUCUUAGACCAGCGACUUCGAGCUCAGAAUAUACCCGCUGAUAAGGCUAAGAAAGUUAUGAAUGACAUCAUCACCACCAUGUUCAACAAAAAGUUCCUGGAGGAGCUUUUCAAACCACAGGAGCUUUAUUCUAAGAAGGCCCUGAGGACUGUGUUUGACAGACUGGCCCAUGCAUCUAUAAUGAGACUCAAUCAAGCUAGUAUGGAUAAGCUCUAUGACUUGAUGACCAUGGCCUUCAAAUAUCAGGUGCUGCUCUGUUCCCGGCCAAAGGACGUCCUUCUCGUCUCCUUUAACCACAUGGAUGCAAUCAAAGACUUUGUGAAAGAUACUCCCAGUAUUCUCAGCCAGGUUGAUGAAACUUACCAACAGCUCAUAGAGAUGUAUACACCCUUGUCUGUUGGUGAAUUCCAGCUGAUUAGACAAACCCUUCUUAUCUUCUUCCAAGACAUGCAUAUAAGGGUGUCUAUUUUCCUGAAGGAUAAAGUGCAAAACUCAAAUGGCCGUUUUGUUCUGCCCACCAGUGGUCCUGUGCCCCAUGGAACACAAGUCCCUGGCUUGAUAAGGAUUUUUAGCUGUUCUGGUGAAGAACUGAAUCGGCUGCAGUUCAACAAUGGAGGGAACUACACUUCUGCGCUUCGGGAAGGAUCCUUUGAGAUUUUUGGUGAUAGGGUCACAAAACUUGGCACAAACAUGUACAGUGUAAGCCGCCCUGUGGAAACUCACAUGUCUGGUACAUCUAAACAUUCUACUCAGCACACAAAGGUCAAUGCUGCUCCGAACCCUCUGGCUAAAGAGGAAUUAAAUCUUUUGGCCAAGUUAAUGGGAGGAUUAGAAGUUCAGAAACCAGGAAACACAGACAGUGGCUUCCGAGUAAACCUUUUUGCCACAGAUGAAGAAGAAGAAGAAGCGUUAAUAUCAAGACCUGAUGAGCUUUCAUAUGGUGUUAUAAACAUCCAAGCAACAAAGGACCAGCAGGCCAAUGCAGAACUAGCCAAAAUCAUGGGAGAAUUCACAGAGUCUGGAGAUCAGUCCACUGGUGCUAGCAGCAAAGGAGACGACCUUUUGGCCAUGAUGGAUGGUCUGUGACACAGUCAGCUCAACAGACAUACUCCAAGAAUGGAACAGCAUCGUCAACACUCUCAACCACUGAAAAUCAGCCUGCAGUCUCUACCUGCAAAUGCACAGCCUCACACUCAGCCAGAAGACUUUCUUCUUAGGGUGCAUUUAAGAUGCAGAUGAGAGCAGAUAUUACCUUUUGUUGGCAAAUUAGCAGCCGCUCAUUUGCAUCUAACAACAAAAAAUAUGUGGUGAGCAAAGCAACGAACUGCACAAAGGUAUUAUAGUAUGUUUGCUGUAAACUGAGAGGUUUUAGUGCAACGACAUAUACAGUAGGCAUAUAUUUAUGUGUUGAACGUGUAUAUGUGGUAAUACCAAAGCAUCUGUACAUGGUGCUUUUUUAUUUUAGCAUCUCUUUAAUUUCAAACAUUAGCGCUUUAUCACAAAUAUUGUUGCAUUACAAUUUUUGUUAAU